CAGACCUAGGACCAAUAUCAGAGAGUUUUCAUGGUUCAACCCAGCCGUGUCUGAGUGAAGAUACUCACUAUUGAAUACCCCCAAGUCAUGCGACCCCCGACCCUCCCCCCUUAUUGAAAGGAUGGCCACUCUCCGAGCCAAUUCUCUCUCACACUCAUCCUCAUCCUCAUACUUGUCCUCACCCUCACUCUCACCUUCCACCCCGCCCCGCCAUGGAAUCCCAUCCAAGCUGUCCCAAAGCCCCCGAGCCUAUCAAGCUGGGCGUCUUCGCCUACGGCGAGAAAGGCCUUACAGCUGGUGGCUUCUCACGAGCUCCCCCCAACGUCCUAUCCGACGUCCUGCGCCAGGUCCCUGCCCCCACUGCUCGCCGCCUGGCCACGGACGAAUGGAUCAAGGCUCAGCUGCAGCUCUGGGGUAUCACCUUCAAUCAAUCUAGCUCUCCCGCGCAUCUCAGGAGCAUGCUCGAGAGCGCAUACCGAUCUGGAAAGGUAAACUUCCGUCUUUUUUCUCUUCGCUGCUCAAUAUACGUCAGGACUUCCUAGGAAGCUCUGAGUCGAGCGGUUCUCUUUUUUUCUCCCUUCAUCAAUAUACCAUCUCAGCGAACAGCUAACCAACCAACCACAUCCAGCUCCUGCGCCCCUCCCC